AUGGGGAGUGAAAGCCUGGAAAACAUUCUGUUGCUGAAAAAUUUUACGAUCGAGGAAAUUAGCACUGCAGUUGCGGCAUGGGAUUCUGGAAUGAAACUUGUUAUUUCCUCGCAAAAUGAAACUUUAGAAAAUCCUACUUGGACUUUCUUUAAUGCUGCUGUAUUUUCUUUCGACAUUACAAGCAAAAUAGGUUAUGGGAAUGUAGUUCCUGCAACGCUUAUCGGCCAAAUCAUUUGCGUCAUCUAUGCAUUUUUGGGCAUUCCAAUCAGCAUUCUCUUCUGUGAGGCACUCGGAGAUAGCUUCACCAAUGCUUACGUGAAAACUAUAUGGUUAGUUCCAACAGAUGAAACAGGUCUUGCAGGAAGAGCUUUGGCUGGAUCAGCAUUCUUUGCAUUGUGGACUGUUGUCUUAAUUGUUCUACCGUCAAUAGUCUUUAUGUUUACAGAAGAAUGGAGUUUUUUGGAUGGAAUUUACUACACUGUUGUUACAGUAACUACUGUUGGAAUUGGAGAUUACAUUGCAGGUUUGUUGGUCAAAUUCAUUUGA